ACAGAACAACAGCGAAUGGCUUUCUCUUAUAGAAUCUCUGAACAAAGCACAACUCCUGAGCACAUUUUGCAGAGCUCAUUUGAUCACUUAAUCUCUUCUAACUGGUCUGGAUUACAGAGAGAAUCGAUACCAGAGGAAAUGAAACAGACUGGUGAGGAACAGGGAAAUAAACCACGCUGGGCAGCUCUUCUGAUACUCAUGGUGAUAAUACCCACAAUUGGUGGAAACAUCCUUGUUAUUCUGGCUGUUUCACUGGAGAAAAAGCUGCAGUAUGCUACCAAUUAUUUUCUAAUGUCCCUGGCAGUGGCUGAUUUGCUGGUUGGAUUGUUUGUGAUGCCGAUUGCCCUCUUGACAAUAAUGUUUGAGGCUAUGUGGCCCCUCCCACUUGUUCUAUGCCCUGCCUGGUUAUUUCUUGAUGUUCUUUUUUCUACUGCAUCCAUCAUGCAUCUCUGUGCCAUUUCAGUGGAUCGUUACAUAGCCAUCAAAAAGCCAAUCCAGGCCAAUCAAUAUAACUCACGAGCUACAGCAUUCAUCAAGAUUACAGUGGUGUGGUUAAUUUCAAUAGGCAUUGCCAUUCCAGUCCCUAUUAAAGGGAUAGAAACUGAUGUGGGUAACCCAAACAACAUCACUUGUGGUCUGACAAAGGAACGUUUCAGCAAUUUCAUGCUCUUUGGAUCACUGGCUUCCUUCUUUACACCUCUGGCGAUCAUGAUUGUCACCUACUUUCUCACCAUCCAUGCUUUACAGAAGAAGGCUUACUUGGUCAAAAACAAGCCACCUCAACGUCUAACGUGGUUGACUGUGUCCACAGUUUUCCAAAGGGAUGAAACACCUUGCUCAUCACCUGAAAAGGUGGCAAUGCUGGAUGGUUCUCAAAAGGACAAAACUCUGCCCAACUCAAGUGAUAUCAUACUAAUGCGAAGAAUGUCCACAGUUGGAAAAAAGUCAGUGCAGACCAUUUCCAAUGAACAGAGAGCCUCAAAGGUUUUAGGGAUUGUGUUUCUCCUCUUUUUGCUUAUGUGGUGCCCCUUUUUUAUUACAAAUAUAACCUCAGUUUUAUGUGAUUCCUGCAACCAGACUACUCUCAAAAUGCUCCUGGAGAUAUUUGUGUGGAUAGGCUAUGUUUCCUCAGGGGUGAAUCCUUUGGUCUACACCCUCUUCAACAAGACAUUCCGAGAUGCAUUUGGCCGAUACAUCACCUGCAAUUACAGGGCCACAAAAUCGGUAAAAACUCUUAGAAAAUGCUCUAGUAAUAUCUAUUUCCGGAAUCCAAUGGGAGAGAACUCUAAGUUUUUCAUGAAGCAUGGAACGAGAAAUGGGAUUAAUCCUGCCAUGUACCAGAGCCCAAUGAGGCUCCGAAGUUCAACCAUUCAGUCUUCAUCACUCAUUCUACUAGAUACACUUCUCCUCACCGAAAACGAAGGUGACAAAACUGAAGAGCAAGUCAGUUAUGUAUAG